AUGCGGACCCGGCCACCCAGGCCUGGAUCCGCGAGCCUGGGCCUGGCUCCGCUGGCCCCGGCUGGCUGGCCAUGUCCGCUGCCUGCGCGGCGAGGUGGCGGCCGGCGCACCAUCCCGGCGCGGUGCCUCUUCCUCUGUGCCCGGCUCUGCCAGUCUCUAGCGAAUGGGGAGUACGGACCUCCGCUUGGGAACCAGUGGCGUCGCGCCAAGUCGUCCCGGAGGGCGAGCGCAGCUCCUUAG